GUUUUAAACCAGAAUGUGUUCUUUUAUCGUCUUAACUAUUACUCUACUAUUGGAUCAUUGAUGGAUGUGUGGUAGCAGAGUUUAUGAAAAGCAGGAAAUGAAAGUCCUGCGUGUUCCGUGUCGGACUUCAGUUCUUCAUGGCGAUGACGACUGGCCCCUGUCGAGCCAAUGAGACUUUGAUUGAGGCAACUGGGAGUUAAUGAGUAACACAGGAGAGGUGCAACCUUCAGCAGACGUUUGUUCAGCUUUACAGUGUGUGAGUCACAAGAGGCACAGAGCUCUGUGUAUGUUUAUUAUAGUGGAAGGACUGGGUAACAGGACUUUGUGGAGGCUUUGCUCUUUGUGGAGUUGUUUUUGUUGAUUGUGUCUGAGGAACAGAGCUUCCAUGGCUGACACAAGGUCUCAGUCCCCGGCCGCUGGCUCGACGGCUAAACUGGACCAGGUGCAGGGCCAGGUCAACGAGGUCAAAGUUAUUCUGAAAGACAACAUCAGCAAAGUGCUGGAGAGAGGGGACCGGUUAGAUGAUCUGAUCGGCAAGACGGAUGACCUGCAGGCGUCGGCUGACUCUUUCCAGAGAACAUCCACACGGGUUGCCAGGAAAUACUGGUGGAAAAACAUUAAAAUGAUGAUCAUAAUUGGCGUGAUUGUGCUAAUCAUCGUCAUCCUCAUCAUCCUCUUUGCCACUAAAGUUAUAUAAAUAACCCCCGAUGUGAACUCCUUCAGCAGCUCAGGACUGAGAGCGAUGAAGACGGUGGAUGAAGCUCACCUCUGUUAUUUAGCGUGUAAUUGCUCUCGUGAGAGAGUCUCAGAUCAUUUCAGCUCAAACAAACGGGUAUUUCAAGAAAUAUUUAUGUAAAUUCAAAAGGGUAAAUGAUUUUGUAACAACUGUAAGCUUAUUGGCCGGCGGCUCUGCGAUAAAGCUUAUGAAGACAAGACGUAAAUUAAAUGACAAGACGUAAAUUAGAGCUUAAAUUGUUAGAAACUUGGCUGAACUACUUCUUGAACACUCCAGCAGUCAAUGUGACGUAAUAGUAAUAUUUCACAAUGGAUCACAUAUGCAAAUGAGUCUUUAUUUUUAUUUUAUUGUAUUUCUUUAUGUCCAAUUGCUUGUAUAUAUAUAUAUAUAUAUAUAUCUAUAUAUCUAUAUAUUCUGUUUGACUGUCAAACUCUGUAAUAACAUAUUAUACAACUGAUGACUACGAUAAAAAGGAAAUUGUAAUAACGCAUUUUUUGCAUUCUUUGCUACUACAAUACUGUAUGUGUAUGUGUGUGUGUGUGUGUGUGUGUGUGUGUGUGAGAGAGAUCUGUUCCAACCAAUCUUAACAUUUCUGUUAUGUAAUGAUUAAAGCAAUUCACAAAUAGCAUUCGAGAACAUUAAAUACAAAAACAAGAGAGGAUUAGGAACGCAAACUGCCCAAAACUUUGCAGCAAUCUUAAUAAAUGCAAAACACCAAAACUUUUGAGAUACAACAUACUCCGGUAAAUAUAGAGGAAAGGUAGCGUAGGUCAUAGUGCUCUUCAUUAGUUUCUUACAAUCAGCUAGUGAUGUUUUCCGGGUACCAUCCUCUCUCUGGCCAACGCUCGACCAGCGCCGCGGUCUUUCAUCACUCUGAAACCUACGGAAAACAAACAAAGCAGAUCAGCUAUAGAUGAACCAAAACCGGUAAAAACUACAAAUAAAACAGGAAUCCCCGUGUUUAUAAUGUCCAAUGUAAAAAAAAGAAGAAAAAAAAACUGAGAACAAUUAUUUUACAGUUAAAAAAAUAAAUAAUUAAAUUGUGCAUUAGCUAGAAAACCUGAAGUGCAAUAAAUUGAAGAAGUCAAAAUACGAAAUGGAAGAAACCUUCGAUUGGUCAAAAA